AUUUCUUUUGACGUAAUUAUCCGGUUAAAAACUUCUAUUGUAGCUGUCUAUUAUCGAUAAUUCUUGAACAUUUUAAAAAUGAAGAAAGCUACUUUCUUUAAAUUUAUUGCAUUGUUAUGUUCACUGUUAAUAACUAUUCUUAUUGCAAAAGUUAUUGUAAUUGAUGAAUCUGACGUUGGAACAGUUAUCGGUAUAGAUUUAGGAACAACUUAUUCUUGUGUUGGAGUAUACGUGAACGGAAGAGUUGAGAUAUUGACCAAUGAUCAGGGUAACCGUAUCACGCCUUCUUAUGUUGCCUUCACCGAUGAUGAACGUUUAAUUGGCGAUGCGGCAAAGAAUCAAUAUUCAAAUAACUCUAAGAACACCAUUUUUGGUUUUAAGCGACUAAUUGGUCGUCGCUUUAGCGAUAAAGAGGUUCAACAAGAUAUUAAGCAGUUUCCAUUCAAGGUCAUUGACAAAGAUGGUAAACCUGUUAUUCAAAUCACUGUAAAAAGCGAAGAAAGAAUAUUUACUCCUGAAGAAAUUUCGGCUAUGAUUCUUGGUAAAAUGAAAGAAAUUGCAAAAUCGUAUUUAGGCAAGAAAGUUACACAUGCAGUAGUUACAGUCCCAGCUUACUUUAAUGACGCUCAAAGACAAGCCACAAAAUAUGCUGGCGUAAUUGCUGGACUUAAUGUCCUUCGUAUUGUAAAUGAACCUACGGAGGCUGCAAUUGCAUAUGAUCUUUAUAAAUCCGAUGGGGAACGUCAGAUUCUUGUCUAUGAUCUUGGUGGUGGUACCUUUGAUGUUUCUCUCUUGUCAAUCGAUGAUGGUGUUUUUGAAGUAUUGGCAACUGCCGGCGAUACACAUUUGGGAGGUGAAGACUUCGACAACCGAGUUAUUGACUACUUCGUUAAACUUUAUAAAAAGAAAAAUAAGGUAGACGUUUCACAAGAUUUAAAAGCUAUGGAUAAAUUAAAACGUGAAGUUGAAAAAGCCAAGCGUACAUUAUCUUCUCAAAUGUCAACUCAUAUCGAAAUUGAAUCAUUUCAUGAUGGUAAAUAUUUUUCCGAAAUUUUGACCCGUGCCAAAUUUGAAGAACUUAACAAUGAUCUCUUCCUUAAAACAUUAAAGUUCGUUGAACAAGUGUUGAAAGAUGCAAAUGUUGAUAAGAAGGAUGUGCACGAUAUUGUACUCGUUGGUGGUUUCACACGUAUUCCCAAAGUUCAACAACUCCUUGAAGAAUUCUUUAGUGGUAAGAAAACUUUCAAAGAUAUUAAUCCUGAUGAAGCAGUUGCAUAUGGUGCCGCCAUACAAGGAGACAUUUGUCUUCUUACACUCGGUAUUGAAACAACUGGUGGCGUUAUGACAAAAUUAAUUCCUCGUGACACUGUAAUUCCUACUAAGAAGUCACAAAUUUUCUCUACCGCCGCGGAUAACCAACCUACUGUAUUAAUUCAAGUUUACGAAGAAGAACGUUUUAUGACUAAAGACAACAACUUACUCGGCAAGUUCGAAAACUUCGAAUUAACAGGUAUACUGCCUGCACCACGAGGUCGUCUUUCUCAAGAAGAAAUUGAUCGUAUGGUUGAAGAAGCCGAACAAUAUGCUGAAGAGGAUAAUAUUCAAAAGGAACGAAUAGAAGCUAAAAAUCAACUUGAAAGUUUUGCAUACACAAUCAAAAAUCAAACUUCUGAUGACGGAAAACUUGAACUUGAUAAGAAAAUAAGCAAUGACGAUUGGUUGAAUGAUCAUUCAAAUUCUGCGAUCAAGGAUGAUUUUGAUGAAAAACGGGAAGAAUUACAAUCUAUCAUUAAUCCGAUAACUACUAAAUUGUAUGCUGAUAGUCACGUUCCACCUCCACACGAGGAACCACCAAGGCAUGAAGAUUUGUAA